AUGAUAUUUUUACUUAAAUCUUCAAUAUUUAAUAUUUGUUUUAACAAUUCAAUAAAGCCAUUAUUCAAUAUUAUAACACAUACACAUAUAUCCAAAACCAUAAAAAAUACUCUUAAAACACACUCUGGAACAAAAAAACGCUGGUCAGCAUUACCUUCAGGAAAAUUUAAAAGGAAAAAAGCAGGAAAAACACACUUAAAUUCAGGUAUUAUUACUAUAGAUGAAUCUUAUAUAAGAUAUUCUAUUUAUCCUAAUUCAGGAAAAAGUAGUACUCGAUUAAAUAGACUUGGAAAAACAACAUAUGCAGAUGGAGGAAAAUCAGGACCACAAACACGACAUCUAAAGCGCUUACUGCCUUUUAAUUAA